UGCCAGUUUCAUUUUAGACAUCUCAAACAACAGAGCUGCAGGGUAGGCGCGUGUGGCCUGUAAGCGUUUUCUUUUUUUUUGUUGCUAUUCAAAAGAAUAUAUUUACUAUACGCGACGCGUCUAAACUAGUGUAUGUGUGUGUGAAUAAUUUGUUGCUGCGUUAAUUUAAAGAUUAAUGCGCACAAGUGCAUUAAAUAAUAAUAAUACCAAAAGAAAAACAACAGACAACCAGCGCCCCUGCCCUUCAAACAGCUCUACAAUAAUAUUCCAAUAUAAAUAACUUCAAAAUUCAAGUGAGGAGCUGUUAUUUUGCCAAACUGCAAAAGGGUGCUAGCCGUUAUGUGGAGUCCAACACAUUGCAGUGUAACUGUUCAGCGUGCGCGAGGUCUUCUGACCAAAGGCAAGAAUGGCACCAACAAUUGCUUUGUCACAAUUGCCCUGGGUAAGGAGAAGUACCAGACGUCCGUCAAGGAGAAGGCCGAGUCGAGUGUGAACUGGAAUGAGGAGUGCGAACUCAAAAUUCCGGAUCAGGGCAAUCGGGCGGAGCUAACGCUGACAUGCCUGCAUCGCAACAAUCUGGGCAUCGAUGAGUUCUUGGGCCAGGCGACGCUGCCGCUCAAGGACAUGGACGUCUAUGAUAGGCCGCGCGCCAAGUGGUGCAAGCUGGAGAGCAAGCCCGGCAAGGAGAAGAAGAACAAGGAGCGCGGGGAGCUGGAGGUGCGCAUCGCGUUCGUUGUUAAAUCCGGAUCGCUGACAGAUCUGAGCAAGAAGGACAAGCACAAGUCUUCCAUUGGCCAGCUGGCCAGCUCCGUGGGCGGCAGCCUGCUCUCCAUUGGCCAAGGCGAGAAGCGCAAGAGCAUCAAGAAGCUAGCUGGGUCUCUCAGCUCCAAGCUGCACAUACGCAGCAAGAAGAAGCAAGCGGACGGCGAUGACAGCGGCUCGUUCAGCGGCUCCUUUGCCAGCAUUGGGACGCCAAACAGCUCGUCGGGUCUGGGCGGCGUUGGCGGUGGCAGCGGACGGAGGCGCGGCCAGCGCGCCGGUGAGGCCGAUCCAGGCGUCAUUAGCGAGGACGAGGACGAGUUUGUGUUCGACAAUCUGUCCCACAAGAGCUCGGGCAGCUCACUGAACAUCCAGCGCUCCGGCCUGCAGCCGCCCUCGUCCAAUGGCAAUAACAAUUUCACGCCGCGCAACCCAUCGCCGCUGCUGAGCAACGGAGGCAGCAUUGCCAAGGGGAAACUCAACGGAGGUAAGCCCAAAUUGCAAGAGACAGUCGAUGAGGAUCCCAUCGUUGCGGAGAUGGAACAGCUUGAGCUCGAUUUCAGCGUUCGUGCACGCACUCUGCCACCUCCCUCAAAGCCGCCACGCACGCAGCAGACACAGCAGGAGCUGGAGCUGUUGGAGCGGGAGCAGAUGGAGCUGAAGCCCGAGGGCAAUGCCCAAAUGCCAGUGGAGCCGACGCCAGCACAGUCGGCGGCUCCCAGCCAGGUGGAUGAGUGGGAGUCCAAGUUGUAUGGUGGCGGAAAGUAUUUGGAGAUCGGCAGCAGUGACUCCCUGAAGCGUCGCAGCUGGGAGACACGCGUGCCGCUGCCGGCAACCAGCGAGGAGCCGCCACCGGUUCCCUCCUCAAGCAGCUCGUCGAGCUCAUCGGAUGAAGAAGAAGAUUUUGAGACGGUGGAGGAGGAGCCGCCAAAGGCAGCGGCGCCGCCCCGCCCAUCCGAUGAGAGCAGCAGCAAGAGCGAGAGCAGCUCGCUCUUCUCCCCGAACGUGGAGCCACGCAACUUUGAUGCGCUCAAUGCUAGCUUCGCCAAGUUCGAGCAGCGCAACAGCACAGCUAUCUUUGCGGAUGAGCAGCUGCCCCCCGAGCCGCCGACUAGGCCACCUCCGGCAGAGCCGCAGCCGUUGCCAAGUGAGCGCCCCAAGCCGCAGCCGCGUGCAACAAAUCUCGAGCAGCUGAAGGCAGAGACGGCGGCGCUGGCAAUGGCCGAGGCUGCCGCCGAGGAGGAAGCCUCGCGCCAGCGACGCGCCGCCGAGGACGAGCGUCUAGAGGCCGAGCUGCGCUUGAACGAGCAGCGGCUGCGCGAAGAGGAGGCGGCGUUGCAGCAGGAGCUGGAGCUGCAGCAGGAGGAGCAGCGGCGACGUGAGGCCAAACGGCGUGAGGAGGAUCAAAGACUCUUGAGCUUUGCCAAGCGCUCCACCUCCAUGGAGGAGCAGCCAUCAAAGCCGCUAUCACCGAGGCAGGCAUUUGGCCAGAAGGAGGAGGAGGAGGAGGAGGAGCAAACCACGGCCGUUGCUGCGCCCGUUGCUAUUGCCGUUGCGGCGGCAAUGGCCGAUGUUGAUCCAAGCAUAGAGCACAACUUGUUAACGCCCGAGCAAUCGCCCAAGGAGUUCAACAACAUUGGCGGAGGAAGCGGCGGAGGCGCCGGCAGCGGCAGCGGCAGCGGCGAGCGCUGGGAGAAGCGACUGGGCAAAUUUAAAUACGGCAAUAAGCGAGACAAACAAAAUGAUACGGAUAGCAAUUCGCCCAGUCCCAAGUCCACGGAGCGCAUUAUCAUUGGCCACGAGAAGUCGGGCUCGCAUGCGGAUCGCCGUUCCGAGAUCUCGGCACAGUUGGCCAAAAAAUACGAGGGCAAGUCACGGGAGGAGCUGAUGCUCAUUGCCAAUGGCAUGGAGAAUGAGGCUUUGCUGCAGCGGCAGCGCGUCAAGGAGCUGGAGGAUUAUUUGGAUAAUUUGCUGUUGCGCGUCAUGGAGACGCACCCGAAGAUCUUGCAGAAUCCCUACUCGCGAACCACAUCGGCCAAAAGCGGUUAACUGCAGCAGAAGCCAAACAUUUUUAUGCAGCAGGCAGCUUAUUGUCGGGCAAGAACACAGACCGAUGGAAAGAGAGGCUGUUCCAAGCGAGAGUGAGAGGGAGAGAGGAGAUAUGUAAAAUAGAAACAAGACGAACACCAAGUUGCCUUUGUCAUUAGAGAAAUUCAAGUGCUUUCUUAUUGUAUUUUUUAGCAUUAUAUUUACACAUACAGUAACAACUCUUAGUAUUUAAGAUGAUUUUUUUUCGAACACAAAUGACCACUACUACAAGGCCCAACAAAAUUAUGUUGACAUUUUCUGUGCGUAUUGUUUAUAAUUAUGAUAUUCGGAUUUUUCAUUUUGCCCUGUGUUAAUAUUUGAACGAACUUAAAUUAAAUUAUAUGUUAAAUGUAAAUUAUUGUAAGCAAUUUGCUCGUGAAUUGUGAAGCUUUGUUUCGAUUCAAUUGAAAUUCGAUUCGAUUUAAUUGAAAUUAUUCAAAAGUAUUUUUUAUUUGCAUUUCAAAAUGUGUUUUUUUUUUUUUCUUUUAUGUGGAGAGUCGAAAUCGGAUACGAUUGAAACAAUUUAUAGUUAAGUAAGUUUUAAAUUAUUUAUGUAUUAGACGUUAAGCGAGGAGAGAACUACAUACAAUUAUAUAUAAUAUGUUGAAAUGAUACUUAUUAAACAAAAUUAAAAACA